AUGGAAUAUGCAUGCAUUGGAUUAAAUGAUUUACCUGAUGAAAUCCUUAUCAUUAUUUUAAAAAAACUCGAGAAUUUUGAUGUACUUUAUUCUUUCCAAGGUGUCAAUCAGCGACUAAAUAAACUUAUUCAAGAUCCAAUUUUUACAAGUCAUUUGACUUUUGUUAAAUGGUUAUCACAUAAUUUUAUCGAUCUAAUUUCUUGUGAUAUGAUACUUAAUCGAUUUUGUUUACAAAUUUUACCUUCAAUUCAUCAUAAAACUGAAUGGCUUGAUCUUGAAUCAUCAUCUAUGAAAUAUAUUUUACAUGCUGCCGAUUAUCCCAAUUUACAUACUCUUGGUCUAUUUAAUAUUAAUGAAGAGUCAGCUCGAUGUCUUUUUACUGAUAAAAAACUUUCAUCUGAUAUUUUCAAAGAUCAAAUUAGAAGACUUUUUCUUACAAUUGAUAAUAAUAACAUAACAGAAUUAACAACGAUAAACAUAUUGAAUAACAUGUUGACUGUUUUCACUAAUCUAAUUUGUUUAACAUUAUAUGAAUCAUCGUAUAAAAAUCGUGUUCUAUUGUGUUUUGAUGAUCCACCUCCUACUACUUUUCGUUGUUCAACUCUUUUGAAAUUGAAUAUAAGAGUACAAUCUUUUGAAGAUUGUCUUUAUCUUCUUGAUGGUCGUUUUAAUCAACUUCAUACGCUCAAUGUUGAGAUGGUAGAUAUUUAUUAUUACGAUGAAAUUCAAAAUCAAGGUGAUUUACCAAAUCUAAAGUAUUUUUCUCUGUCAUCUGAGUACAAAACAUAUCAUUAUAAUAAAACAAUUCUUCCACUUCUCAAUCGAAUGUCAAAUCUAGAGGAACUUGGUUUGUAUCUUACAGUCUAUGUUAAUGAAACAUUUAUUGAUGG